AUGGGGCCGAACCUAAUCAUGAAGAAAUUGGCGAGAUGGUGGCUGCCCUUGAGUCACUGCCACAAUAUGUUGGUAAGCCUCCCAAUCCCAAUUCCAAUUCCCGUUUCUACUAACAAGUUGUUACCUUCGGUGAUUCAGGCACCCACUCUCGAGCUUAAACCGUUACCGAAUCAUUUGAAGUAUGUCUUCUUGGGAGAUAAAGAGACUUUGCCCGUCAUAGUCUCUUCAUCACUCACGGCAGUGGAGGAGGAAAAACUAGUUCGGGUGUUGCAAGAGUACAAAACAGCCAUUGGAUGGACUUUAGCCGACAUCAAGGGACUUAGUCCUACAACAUGCAUGCAUCGCAUACUUCUAGAGGAGGGGGCUAAACCAACUCGAGAGGCUCAACGCCGACUCAACCCUCCAAUGAUGGAAGUUGUGAAAAAGGAGAUCAUUAAGCUUCUUGAUUGUGGGGUCAUUUACCCAAUUUCGGAUAGUCGUUGGGUUUCACCGGUUCAAGUUGUACCAAAGAAAUCAGGAGUCACUGUGGUAAAAAAUGAAGAGAAUGAACUUGUCCCCACUCGUAUCCAAACAGGUUGGAGAGUUUGCAUUGAUUAUAGGAAGCUCAACGCCACCACAAGGAAAGAUCACUUCCCUUUGCCGUUCAUUGAUCAAAUGCUUGAAAGAUGCAUGGAUGUGCCGUUUGUGUUUGAUGACAAAUGUGAGAAGGCGUUCAAUCACCUCAAAGAAUUGUUAACUUCGGCACCUAUCAUUGUUCCACCAAAUUGGAGCCUUCCGUUUGAGCUUAUGUGUGAUGCUUCAGAUUAUGCUUUAGGGGCUGUUUUGGGACAACGGAAAGACAAGAAGCCACACAUCAUCUACUACGCAUCCCGAACCUUGAAUGAUGCUCAAUUGAAUUACUCCACCACUGAAAAAGAACUCCUUGUUGUUGUGUUUGCUUUAGAUAAGUUUCGUUCUUAUUUACUUGGUACUAAAGUUGUCAAUUACGAAUUCACAUGUCCAGAUGGCAAGAUUGGCAAGAAAGGGCAUUUUGGAGCAUUUUGGAGCAGUUUUGGACUUGGAAUGGGAUAG